CCUAACGUCUGUCAGACUCGUCCAGGAAGAUGUUCCCCGUCAGUCGGUCGUUUCGGUGUUACCCUCGUCUUUUAACACAGCUGAGACCCUGUGCCGCGUUUCACUGUGGUGCCCUCGGACCUCCGGCCACGGGACUGUUCCCCUCUCUGGACCGGCGCAGUGUCCACAUGUUGUUACCAGCUGAGAGGUACGAAACGUGUCGUGGCAGUGCAAGAGGAUUCUCAGCUUCACCAAGUGUCCGAAAGGACGCCAUCGGAAAAGUUCAGUCAACCCAUUAUCAACUGGUUUACACCUGCGAGGUUUGCUCCACGAGGUCCUCGAAGAAAAUAUCCAAACAAGCUUACCACAAAGGAGUUGUCAUAGUGACAUGUCCAGGAUGUGAAAAUCACCACAUCAUCGCUGACAACCUCAAAUGGUUCUCUGACCUGGAAGGCAAGAGAAACAUUGAGGAGAUCCUCGCUGCCAAAGGAGAGACAGUGAAGAGGGUUGAAGGAAGUGCUGCUUUGGAGAUAGUACUGGAUGAAUCGAUCAAAGAAAAUUCUCAACUUGGUGAAGACACAGAUAAAAAAGACAAUGACAAAGAGAAACAAUAACGCUGUCUUUAUACUGUAUAUAAUGGAAAGUUACUUUUUAGUUUGACAAUAAAUUAAGUCUUUUGUAAU